AUGCCCCGGCAAGUUGACCACUCAAUCCCAGAAACUCCUCUCUCACCUUUCCCUAUCACCACCGAAUUUUGUGACGUGGUGGCAGGUUUUGGAAGAGGCUCGUCAGAAUUAGGUAUUCCGACUGCCAAUGUCCCCAUUGAGCAACUUCCAGAUACAAUAAAGGACCUAAAACUAGGGGUGUAUUUUGGAUUUGUACGCUUAAGGCCCAACACUACGACUCAUGCCGCAAAAUCGGCAACCGGUCCGGCAGCUGUCCGUGACGUGGACUACAAUUACGGUUCAUACCUUACCACCGAACAACUACAACCCUUACCAGUAGUAUUAUCAAUCGGACUGAACCCGUUUUACCAUAACAAAAGCAAGACCGUCGAAUUACACAUACUCACCAAAUUCCAACAUGAUUUUUAUGGAGCUCAAGUCAAAUUUUCGAUUCUGGGCUUCAUUAGGCCAGAACUCGACUACACGACUAAAGAAGCUCUUAUCAAAGACAUACAGAUAGACAUACAAAUCGCUGAAGCCAACUUGGCCCGAAUGAGUUACAGCAAGUACGUGGACGAAUUGAGUUAA